CACAUUCGGCUUUAUAGUGGGCAAAAAUUUGCAAUAGAAAAUAAAUUAAAAAUGAAUUCUAUAUUGUUUGUGUUGUUCCUUGUGAUUUGCAUUGCUUACAGUAAGCCUUUGGAGAACACUGAAAUUGAACCUGCCUCUCAGAUAGCUCCAGAGCACAAGCUUUUCAAAAGGUUUAUAAACCCAUCAAUGACAUCAGGCGGAUUUAGGAACAAUGACCUCUCCAAAAUUAGAGCCAAGAGAGAUUUAGCAGAGGAGUGUGAGAGGCUGCGGCUCUGCAAGCUACACGCGGGCUCCAGUAGAAAUUUCAUAGCGGCGUUUGAAUUAUACUUUGUGAACAAAGAAAACGCUCGUCUCUGGGACCACCGGCAGCACUCGUCGGCCGACUGCGACCAGAGAUACAGUUGUGACACGUAAUCUACCAAACCUGUUAAGUCCAAUCAAAAUCCAUCUAGUUUUGUCUAAAUCAUUGUGAUAAUAAAUAUAUUUAUUGAAGUAAUAUUUCUUAAGACGUAUAAUAGAAGGCAACGUAAAUAUAAUUAUUUUUUUUUAUUAAAAAAUGUCUUGAUUACUGUUUUUGUAUGCAAUCAAACAUAAAAAAUACAUGAUAAUACAAU